AUGGCGGAGCUCCUCGAAAUGAAGGCCGCGAUCGUUUCCUAUUUGGACCGAAGUGGAGGACUUCAGCAGUUUGUGGAAGAAUGUAGGCAUUUUAACGAUUUCCAGCAAAGUGAGGCAGUGUAUCGUUUUUGUAUCCAUGUGAAUCCCUCCGAUCUGAUUGAAAUGGAUGCUAGACUGGGGGACUACAUAUUACAUGAUCCAUUCAAAGCUACAGCCCUGUUUCAGUCUGUGUGCUUUCUGUCAAUCAAGACAUUAUCACUCAUUGAAAAAAUUCACACAGAAAAUCAGGUGAACGUUGUACUGAAGCUGACCCACUUGCCUCCAUUUCCCGACUAUUCUCUGGAUCUCAGCAAGUUCCCGCGUGGUUACGGCCCCAUGCGGCCCUUCACCUCGGAGGGGCUCGUCAUCGCUGUCACGCCCAUCACCAAGUACACUCAGGGUGCUCGGUUCCUCUGCACAGAUGACAGCUGCCCCUUCUCCAGAGGGUUUCACCACAUCAGAGUGCAUGCGCCAGGAGCCACAGAGUCCGCCACCGUGAGGAGGGCCUUCGCCUGCACUCUCUGCUCCUCCCCCCUGAAGGAGGACGUCAAGUUCCGAGUGCUGGGGGACAAGCAGCUGGUUGAGCUGGUCCAUGCCCACACACUGGAUAUACUGAGUGUUCACCCUCCCUGCUCCUUCAGGUACCAGUCUGUCACCCUGUUUCUGAGAGAUGAACUGUGUAACUCCAUGAGAAUCGGUCAGCUGUACAGAGUGGUUGGAAUUCCCGCACAUGUCCACCAGUGGCCGAAUGUCACCUGGAGCAUAGAGGCCAACAGCGUCCGGCCAUGGACACGAGAAAAUCCCAGCUCAGUCAGUGAUAACUUCCGGACUCUGCUAGCAGCCUCUUCCUGCUCUCCCUGGAGGUUCUCUGCUAUUGUGGCCAAUUCUUUUGGGUCACCUGUGGUUCCUCCGGGCGUGUACAGAACCCUCAAGCUGGCCCUUUUGCUGAGCCUGGUCCAGACAAGGGAGGAAGACCCAGACUCACUCAACCACCUGGAUGUUCUGGCUCUGACCAGCGACGCUCUAAUAAUAGACAGGCUGAUGGCCUACAGCCUGGGUCUGGCAGGACGGGGGAUAAGGCACCAGGUGACGGGGGAGAUGUUCGCUUCCCUGUCCAGGGACGAGCACGGAACGGGCACUGCCAGCAUCCACGCGGGUUCCGCCCUGCUGGCCAGCGGGGGCAUUUGCCUGCUCGGAGACCUGGCCUCUUACAGGAAGGACAAGAUGGACGCUCUCCAAUCAGCUCUGGAGACCAGGACGACAGCCGUGUUCGUACCAGGGAAGAAGUACGGAGAGGAUGCCGACCAGCAGCUGUCCUUCCCCCUGCAGUGUAACUUCUGGGCACUGGGAGACCUUGCCACUUCCACAAAGAGGUCUCUGAAAUGUGACAAUGCCGUGCUAGGGUCACUGGAAAUGGGCUCAGUUCCUGCCCAGAUUGCGGAGGCCUUUAACCUGGUGAUCCAGUGUCGGGAGGCGGGCGGAGACGGCACCGUGCUGCCGCUGGCUGUACACACCCUAAGGAUGGCCAUGAUGCCCGGGGAGCCCCUCUAUCCGGCCUGCAUGCAGUUCACCACACAGGACUAUCGGGAGCUUGUGGCCCAUGCACAGGGGCUGCAGGUGGAGCUGAGCCCAGAGGCUGAGAAGCUGAUUCACGGGUACUACAUGGCCAGCCGGAGGGUGCGCUCCGAUGCCGCACAGGGCUCCUCGCUGUCUGCGGCCUCCAUCAAUCUCCUGGUUUCCCUGGCUGAGGCCCACAGCAGGCUGAGCCUGAGGAGCAGGGUGCUGGAGGAGGAUGCGGUGGUGGCGGUGCUGCUGUGCGAGAACUCCAUCACCCUGAAGCACGGUGCCUCUGCGCUCGUUAUUCCUCCCGAUGCCCUGUUUCCGUGUGACCUCCACGACCUGGACUCCCUGCGCAGGAGAGAUCUGACCUUAGGGCAGCUCCAUCAGCAGAUCCUGCAGUUUGUGUAUGCCUACGCACCUGGAGCGGCAAACUACAUCACAGAGGAAUAG